GUUUGCUUCCGCUCCUUUUGUUAGUGUCAAGGCUCAACGGCUUACCUCGCCCGUGCAUUUUAUUAGACUCUGAUCAUUGACACUGCCUAGCUAUACUGAUACGAAUCAUCCGAACAGUCAAUGGUAUUUAAGCUUCAGCGCCCACAUUUUCCUCCCGACAACAACAGCCAACAUGUCUCUAACCAAAGCGAGCAUCGCUCUGGGUGCGAUUCCAGCAUAUCUCAUCUACAAGAUCCUCCGCGGGAUGUUCUCUCCCGCACAUGCGCUUCCAGGCCCCGAAUCUCCCAGCUGGUUCUGGGGCAACUUGAAACAGAUUAUGGAUGACAACGAUUCCGGGCUUGUCGAGCGCUGGGUUAAGAAACACGGCCGCACGAUGAAGUGGAACACUUUCCUGGGCGGAGCUUUGAUGUUCACGACCGAUCCCAAGGCUAUCCGACACUUUUACUCACAUCCGGACAUCUAUCAGAAACCGGAAUCCGUGCGCUUCAGUUUAUCGAGGGUGGUGGGACCGGGUGUUUUGGUCACGGAGGGGGACGCACAUCGAAAACAAGUGAGAUACCAGAAUCCGGCUUUUGGAAUGCCACAAAUCCGGCACCUGACGCCGAUUUUCUUGUCUAAAGCACUCGAGCUCCGAGACGCGUGGGUUUCGCAAGUCAAUACGGCAUCAACGGAUGGAGUUGAAGUUGAAGUUCUCUCGUGGCUAGGGAAAGCAGCGCUGGAUAUAAUCGGGCUUGCCGGCUUCAACCACGAUAUCGGAUCGCUUCAUAGCGCCUCGGGAGAAUCAUUGACCACAUCAAAUGAGCUUGUCAGCAUCCUCAACAAUAGCGUCACAGCGAACUCCCAGAUUACUCUCGGUCAUUUUUUGCAAAUUAGGUAUCCCGCUCUCAGACCAUUUCUCGAGUAUCUGGACAAAGGCUUGCUCGCCAAUCAAGAAAAAUGAAUUGCGUUGGCCGUGCACUGCUGAACGACGCAAAAGCAGAGCUUUCUGAUUCUGGACACGACACGAGGAAGGAUUUACUUUCGCUUUUAGUUAAAGCAAAUACCAGCGAGGAUGUGGCCGAAAAGGACAAGAUAAGCGAGGAAGAGGUGAUCGCGCAGGUUCCUACAUUUCUGGUCGCCGGCCACGAAACCACGAGUACCGCCGUAGCCUGGGCCCUGCUCUCCCUCUCGCAACACCCGCACGUGCAGGCAAGACUGCGUCAAGAAGCUCUUGCGGUCUCCACAGAUCAACCAUCUAUGGACGAGCUGAACGGUCUUCCGUACCUGGACUGCGUAGUCCGCGAAACAUUGCGAUUGCACUCACCCGUUCCCAAUACAAAUCGUCUCGCCGAACAAGAUGAUGUUGUCCCUCUGGAAACUCCUUAUAAAGACCGGGACGGCAAGGUCCACAAUGUGCUGCACAUCAAGAAAGGACAGGCGGUCAUACUGCCCAUACUCGCCCCGAACCGAGAUUCUGAGAUCUGGGGCCCGGAUGCGAUGGAAUUCGUUCCUGAGCGGUGGGAGAAUCGGAAAGCAGGAUUACAAUCUCCGUUGGCAGGCGUUUGGGGCGAUAUGUUGACCUUCCUUGGCGGAUCCCACAGCUGCAUUGGGUUCCGAUUUGCUUUGAUCGAGAUGAAAGCGAUGAUUUUCACGCUCAUACGGACUUUCGAAUUCGACCUCGCUGUUCCAGCGGAAGAAAUGGGGCAGAGGGCAAACAUGAUUGUGAUGCAGCCAGUCGAGUUGAAAGGUGGGGACGGUGGGAAUCGGUGUCCCUUGAAGAUCCGCUUAUGUGAAGCAUAAAUUGAAGAUUUUUAAAUAGGUAUCGAAACAUUUCCCCACUCGUAAUAUACUCCCUUCAUCCAAAGCACCGUCCAAUCAAGAACAGAAUUGGCGUUAUCAUCAACAACAACCACGCAAACAGCGU